AUGAGAUUCGAUUCUCGCCACCGCAUCAUCAACCAGUGCGUCGUCGCGCGCCGCCGCGCCCCGACGGCGGACAUGGACACUCCGCGGGCUUCGCGCGAGGACUGGGAGGCGACGCUCGCGGCCGCGCGCGCAGGGGAGAUCACGCUCUCGAAAUGCCAGGCGAAGAAGCUCGCGAAGAAGGAGGUCGCGAAGGAAGCGCGGCGGGCGCACGUCGCCGAGCGCGCGCGAGAGAGAGGCGAGACCCCGCGAGAUCCCUCCGCGUCCAAGCCGAAGCGCGAGCGCGCGCCCGGGGACGCGCCCGCGAACGGCGAGGACGACGACGAGUACUACGCCCGGAAGCGCAUGGAGAACGUCGACGAGUCGUGGUUCGUGGACGAGUCCGAGGACGAGGACUUCGUGGCGACCGGCGCGAGCCUCGAUCACGUCCCGGGCGUCCAGCCCAUGGUCGACCUCGCCGCGGGGUGCGAGCCGUCGCCGAUUCUCUUCCGCGCGGGGCCGUGCGCGACGAUGGCGAUGAUCGGCCAGGUGGAGUACGUCACGCGGAACGUCUGGCCGAACGGCGACGCGGUCGAGGACCCCGUCGACGGCAAGCUGAGUCUCCCGCACGUGCGGAAUCCGUGGACGGUGCCGCAUCACGUCGUCCCUCCCGCGUUCGACGCCGAGUUCGCGAGCGCCCGGCCGGUCGGACACGCGCGCGACGAGCGCGCGGUCGGGUGCGGAUGCGAGGGGCCCACGUGCGACCCGAACAUCUGCGCGUGCUGCCGCAACGCGGACGGGCUCCCCGCGUACGACGCGGACGGAAAGCUCCGCGUCGGCGUCGCCGGGUGGGACGACCGGGAGAGGCAUCAGUUUGCGUUUUUCCGCGAGUGCGGCGCCGCGUGCGGGUGCGGUCCCGAGUGCGUGAACAAGCACACGCGGAAGGGGGUCCGGGUGAAGCUCGUGGUGCAGAAAUGUCGGAGAAACGGCUACGGGUUUGGCGUUUUCGCGAACGAGAAGAUCGAGCGAGGGACGUUCGUGUGCGAGUACGCGGGGGAAGUCAUCGACGCGGCAGCCGCGGCGAAGCGCCUGAGAAUCGUCGACGAAAAUAAAUCGAGCAACUACGUGCUCGUCUCUCGCAUGGGCACCGCGGGCGGGGGAGACGGCGGCGGCGGCGACGACGACGACGAGGGAGACGAGGCCGCGAACGAGGUGAAGUGGGCGAUCGACCCGAUACGCAGAGGGAACGUCGGGCGGUUCCUGAACCACGCGUGCGACGGCGGGAACUUGAGGCCGAUGACGCUCGGUCCCGCGCCCGCGAGGAUCGCGUUCUUCGCGAGCGAGGACAUCGAACGCGGCGAGGAGCUCAGGUGGAAGUACGGCGAGCCGAAAAAGUUCGCGAGGAAGACGAAGAGGGGGACGGAGUGUAAGUGCGACACGGACGCGUGCUUGGGGCGGAUGCCGUUCGACGUGGACGCCCUCAGGACGCCGAAGCGGGCGGCGGCGGAAGCCGCGGCGGCAGCCGCCGCCGCCGACGACGACGACGACGACGAGAGCGAGAGAAAUCCCGAAGACGACGACGACGAGGAGGACGAUUCCGAACCGGAGGACGACGAGCUCGUGUACGAGACGUUAGCUAGAUACCUAGUCAGACAUAACAAGUAG